AUGGAAUCGCUCAACAAAAAGUCGACCGCAGGAAUCUCUGGCGGACUCUCCUUCGCAUCCGCCGCUGCUGCUGGCGCCAACAAGCCUGCUGCUACCACCCCUGCGACUACUACUGGACCAGCAAAGAAUGGUGGCGCUGCCUCUGCUCCCUCGUCCUCGCCUGCAUUGGGAUCGCAGUCGCCCGCACCUUCAGGAACGGACUCCAAGACCGCUGCCACAACCACCAUCAACGCCACCACGGCUGCUACUACGACCACCAACACCAACAGCAACAAUGGGGCGAUCGACUGGGUCCUGGGCAUGAAUGUCAAGGUCGUGACUCAGGCGGAUGAGGUCUUUGAAGGCCAAUGCCCCUCCAAGUCUGUCUCUGCCGCCGCAACCCCCACCGCCUACUACAGCCCCUCGCUCGGGAACAACAGCUCCAACAAUAACAACAACGGGAACAACGGGAACACAGGAUCACGAUUGAAGUAUGACUUCAGGAUCCUCAAGAUCAACUAUAUCAAGGAUGUGACCCCCUUGCUGUCAUCAGCAGGAUCGACUUCUACUAUUACUACACCCGCUACCACUCCUACUACUCCUGCUGCUGUACAGAAUCACAAUGGUCAGAGUAACAACAACAGCAUACCAUCAGAAUCAACCUCAACCUCUGAAGACAACUCCAACAACAAUAUUACGAACAACAUUUAUUCAACAGUAUUACCGGCCGUCGGAUAUGUCCAGCUGGACAAAAUCCAGCAGCGGGAGCAGCAGGCGAUUCGGGAGGCCCAGGCUGCCGCUGCGCGUAUUGGUGUUGGUGUAUCGACCAUUGGACAGGAUAUUUUUGACGCCCUCAGCAAGACAUUGCCUUGUCGCUGGCAUAAGGAUCAGAUUGUGGUCAUGGACGAGGUGAUCAUUUCCUCGCCGUACGAGCCCGAUAACUGUAAGGCCAAUGCCUCAGCCGCCGCCACGCUUGCCCGCGUUAAGAAAGUGCUCGAAGGCGAAAGAUUGCGUAUGGCCAAUGGACGCAAAUAG